AUGCAGAAUGCACAGAUGAAAAUGAGUGCGAGGAACACUAUUCCACCACCUAUAAUCCCUGCAAUUAUGGCUACGUCGUUUGUGGACUGUGAAGGACUUGGCCCGAUUGGGGGCCUUUCAUUAUUAUUGCUAUCUGGCCUCGGUGGGGAAGGUGUUGAGAUGGCUGGCGAUGGAGGAGAUCGGCCGGAAGGCGCCACCGGAGUCGCCGGAGACACCACGGGCGUCCGAUCGGAUUCCGGGGACGGGGCGGCGGGCGGCGGCGGGGGGAGGGUUCCGGCGGAGGGGAGGAUGCCGGUUGAGGCGGAGGAGGCGGGCUUUCUGUUGAGGUGGAUGGUGCUGAAGCCAUUCGGCGGAGGAAUUUCCGGCGUGGAUGCGUAG